ACCGCGCGUACUUGAAGAACCAACAUGAGGCUCUUGUUGCUGGCGGCUGCUUUGGGUUGUGUGGGGGUGAGUGUGGGCACGGACUGCAGCCCGUUCGCCAGACCGUGGCUCGUCUCCCUCUCCAAUGGUCAGACCGGGGUCCUCCUCAAUGAGUGGUGGGUGCUGACCAAAUUCUCCUACGAUGGCGGGUCCCAGCAUCUGGUCGCUAGGCUCGGGGUAGAUGACCUGACUGGACAGUCGGACACAGAGCAGAAGGUCUCUGUGGCUAUGUGGAUUAACCACAGCCCCUACCGCCGCCGCCGCAAGAGGAGUCCCGUAAAUGACCUGGCGCUGGUGAGGUUGGCUAAGCCGGCACGCUUCACCCCCCAGGUCCAGCCCAUAGCUCUGCCCACUCGAUGCCCACAGCCUGGGGAGCAGUGUGUGGUGUCUGGCUGGGGAUCCAGUGGCUCAGGGACGGGAAGCAGAAAGCAACAGUGUCUGGUUCAGCAAGUUCUCAGUGAUUCUGUCUGUAUGCAUCUGAACCCAAUGUACUGGACGAGCAAUGUGUUUUGUACUAAGCCCCAGCACAACGCACAAGGCAACUGUUUGAGAGACGACAGUAGUGUUUUGCAGUGUGGAGGCGUGCUGCAGGGAGUGAAAGGCUUUGUAUUCAUAUCUGAGGGAUGCUCCACAGGGAAGCCAGACACCUUUUCCAGCAUCUGCCGGUACAGGAGCUGGAUCGACAGAACCAUGAGCACCAUGACUCCAACUGUGGGGCCGCAAACCACAACUCCACCCACGACUCCAAUGAUGACCACAUGGAUGUGGCCUUUUGAUCAUUUUGUAUCUUAAAUCAGUGUGUACACUAGAAGAGCGUGGUUUAAGCAACACUAAAGUCAUGGGAUUUGGAUAAAAAUCAAUACAAAUUUAAAAUGUAAAUCUUGAAUUUCAAAUGUAAUGGGAAUGAAUACAUGAUUUUACUUCAGAAACCUUUUUUGCCUUUCAGAACAUGUUCAUUGUGAAUUAUUAAAAAGUCCCUUCAUUCUCUUUG